GCAUUCGAUUUCCGCUACUCAUAUAAUAAAUACAUUUUGUGUCUUUUAGCAUAUUGAAAAUGGUUUUCUACUUUAUUAGCAGUGGUACUUAGUAUAAAUUAAAUUACUUACUAUACUUAUUAAGUAGCCCACGACACUGUUAACAUUUUAUCAUGGACUUCUAGUUAAUGGUUAUUUAUUGUAUAACUACUUUAACCCGACGUCACAAAUGACACUCAAUGGUGGGGUGAAGACUGAGUGAGUGUGAGAAGCCCAUCACCAAAAAAAUUUCAAAUCUAAAACUAAAAGCGCUAGCCGGAAUAUAAUUACAACUUAUAUUAAUGCUACUAAUACUACUAUUUACUGUUAUUGAUACUUUUAUUAGUAUUAGCUAUUACUCAUACUACACCUGGGAUUACUGCCUACACUGUACACCUACAUGUCGCUGUAGGUACUUGGGUAGAAUUUUCAGAAUGAAUUUAUAGCUUUAAGAGCUAGUUGGUUAGAUAGGGCCUGAAAAAUGCAAUUCAUUGAUACCAAAUUUAUGUUUGUAGGUCAAUUCUAAAGAAAGUUAUGAUUUUUUUCGUGAAUUAUUUUGGGAUAACUCUGUUAAUUGAGACAUAUAGGAAAAUAUAAAAGUAAAAGUAACUAAAAUAAAAAUUGGGCAGAGAGUUAGGAGAGAUGUUAAAAAAGAGCAGUAAAUUGAAGUUAUUUAAUGAAUUAAUGAAGACAUCCAUAACAAACCAUAUAUAUCCGUGAUCGUCAUAACAUUAUCCAAACAGACGUCAUAUAAUAAAUUCUACGGUACGCAAGAUGAGCUCAAUAAUAUUCAAAAUGGCCUUAAAAUUUCCAUGUGUCAUAUUUGAAUAUGAACACAACAUGAACAAUAUUCUUCAAAAUAUAGGGUCAUGUAUAUCAAAUUGUUCGUAUUGAAAAGGGGAAAAAUAAUAAGUAACACAUGGAAGGGUGAACCAAUGUGUCCAUUAAGAAAUUUAAUUUAUUUUAUAUCUCCGACAGCAAAUCAAUAUCUGAAAUUAAAUGUACAAUAUGUAUAUAAUAGUAGGAGUUUUUCUUGCAUAGGGGGCAUCUUUCAAUUCUAUAUUCUUUUUGCUAAGUGUAGCAUUAGCUUUUCAUAGAAUCCCUACAAUUAAAAAGAAUUGUGCUGCUUUAACUAUUGCCUACAAAUUGCUAAUAUGAUUAAUAUUAUGAUGUCAAUGUCAUUAGAUAGGCCUUUAAAAAAAUAAAACAAAGUAUUUGUGUGAGUAUGAAUCAUUUCAAAGUAUCAAUUCAUCUAAAUAAUAAACAAAUCUUAAUUUUAAAUCUAUUAUGAAGAUAAAAUAUAAUUUUCUUCAUAUUUCCAUGCUACAAAUGUGUCAGGUAGCUUAGACCAAACUCCCUGAUAGGCCUAUUAUAUGGGAGUGGAAGUUUCACUAUUUAAAUAAAGAAAUACAAUUAAAUAUCUAUUCAUAUGUCUUCUUUGUUACUAAUAUGAAUAUAAACCUCAAAUAACUUAAAAUAGUGCAACAUUGUUUAUUAAUCAGAUUACUUAAGAUUUAAAAAUGAUUUGCUGAGGUGGAUUUGGCCAUCUUGAAAAUGAUAUCCAGGGAGGAAACAACCAUGUGGUGACUGUUUUGAAAAUUUAAUAAAAUCGUUGGGGUAGGUUGGGAGGACUUUUAAUUUGUUCAUUCUUGUAGAUAAUUGGAACUCUAAACAGUGGUUAUCAUGAAAAUCGAGUCUGGUGGAGUCUCUGCGAGAUAUUAAAUAGUACACUUAGCUUAAUUCAACUUGAUAUAUAUUUUUGUUUUUCUAUCGUGAUUAAAAAUCUUAAGACACUGUAUUAUUCAGCUUCCAAUUCUCUUUAAAAUGAUAUAUCACACUACCUAUUUAAUAAAGAAACAACCACAAAACACAUUUUUUCCCAAAGCAUAUGCAAUGUUUACAUUUUGAAGUGGACAAAAAGUUGAACAAGGGCACGUAACUCUGCAAUUAUUUGAAACUGGUUUACCCAAGUACCUAAUGUCAGUUAAGUUUCAGCUAGGACUACAAUUAUAAAAACUGUCCAUAGCUGUAUUCUGCACUAAUAAUAGCAGUAGUAAGUAUUUUCGGCAACACAUCUAAGAAAGUCUCCUGAAAAUUUGGUAACUUCAUUCUAUUAAAAUAAAGCAGAAAGCGCCCAUCCAUUUAGUACCGGUACGUAUGCACUGAAUGGGAUUGUUGAUUUUAGAUAUUUUGCAUUCGUAUGUGAAUGUGCCGAGGGGAGGGUGGUCUCAACAGAAAGUACAAACUAUCCAAAAAAAAUUAAAAUUCUACGAUUAUUAAUUAUCAUCCUGAAAAUCUGACAGUCCAAAAAUAGCAUAUCUAUAUCUCGAAUGCUGUAAAAAUGUCAUGCAAUGUUUUUUGUAGGAAAUAUCAUAAUGUUGCCAUGUGUUUUCACUAAUAAACUCGAUGGAUAUCGGUCAAAUAGUACUCAGUAAUAGCAGUAUUACAGUAAUAUUUUGUCCACUAUAUGACUAUAAUAUGUUUAGCUGUAUAUGACGUAUCCCCCUCCCCCACCUCUUAGGCUGCUCAAGUGAUUCCUAAAAUUAUAAAUUCUUAGCACCUAUGCAAUAUUUAGGUUUUCACCAGGUACACUGUGUUAAAUUCUAAUGAAUGAAAUUCGAAGUAGCAAAAAAAGAAACAUAAUAAUAUACAAUGUUGGGUAAAACGUAAUAACUGCAAGCUUUAGUUACUCAAGUGUUUGCACCUAGACUGCUGGAUGUUUAAGUGGACUAAAAGUGGAAAUAAAAUUAUGAAAAGUGUAAUAUUUAGAAGCACCCCUGUAAUGAAGCUGAAGCAACCUAGGACAGGGCCAUGCUAAGGAAAUUCGGCACCAGCAAAUCCAGAAAAUAGUCACACAUAAUAUAUAGAAAAAAGUGCCCCCCGGGGUAGCUAGUAAAAACACUGAUUUUCUUUCUGAAAUAAAUGGGAUUUUUAUAUUUCAAUUCUAUAUUAAGAUCUUAUCUAAAGAUGAUUUUAGUGCACAGUGGGACUGCCCUCUUUGCCCCAUUCUUAUGUCUGCCUGAGGGCAGCAUGGCACCUAAAGCCAUGCGGCUUAUAUUAUGGGACCACUGGGCUGGCCAAAUGGUUGGAGGUCUAAACCCGUGCCACAAUUUUUUUUUAUUUCUGUGAGGUCACAAUUAUCUAUAAAUUAUUUGAUUUCAUUGGGUUUUGUGUGUGUAAGGGGGGGGGGGGGCAAAAAGCUUCUUGUAUGUAUGCAUUAGGGGGAUGUCCAAAAAGUAUGAGACCAAGGGAAGGGGGGUGUUCGCAAAUUUGAUUUUGUGUAUGUACUAAAUGGAUGACCCCAAAUUUGGAAAGUUGGUCACAGUUUUUCGGAAAUUAAAUACCAUACAGAGAUAAAUAAGGGGCUUUAAAAAAUUCACACAAAAAAUCACAACUCCACUCCUAUAGAAGCUAUAAAGAUGAUUGAUGUUUUUAAUUAAGAUUAUUGUUAUAGACAGCCUUUAUAAUGGUGUAUCUUUUAUGGCAAUCAGACAAUAUUUAAAUUUUAUGUCAAAGUCAAAGUACCAAGUUGUAGUAGUCUUAUUAAGUUAAGUAGUAUACUGUAAAUUUUAGGCAUAGGCCUACAUUUAUCUGGUUGAAUUUUACUGGCCAACUUAAUGUAAUAAUGUAAUAGAAAAUGGAUUGCAGAGCCGCUCAAUAAAAAAAUGUUUGACCAGAAGCAUAUUGAUACACAUCCGUUUUUAAAAAAAAUUAAUAGAGUAAUAAACAGGUUAAUUUUAUUAACUUAAAAGUUAGGCUUCAUUGAAUCAAUCAUUUAUAAUUGUAUACUUCAUCAUGGAUUUAUUGCAAUGUAAAAUACAAUUUGGUGGGCAUAGCUUGUCUUAAUGCAAUUUAUACAGUACUCAAAAACAUGAAACUUGAUCGAAAAAAGCUCAGUUGGCUCUGAACAAAAUUUAUGUUGUUAACUUAAAAUUUUUUUAGUAAAACAAUAGAAGUCAAGAAGAUAAUAAUUUUUUUUUUUUUUUCAGUGGUGUCUCCCCCUUACACAUUAUACAUGGGAUUUGACAAAAAUGAAAGUAAGUUUUACCUCUGAUUCAAAAUAGUUGGAUUAAAUAAAAGCUUAGUUCUUUUUUGUAUUUGUAGUCCUAAUAUUCAUGGUUAUUUAAAAAACAAAAGUUUAAAAAAAUGUUUUUUUAAAAAUAUAAUAAACAUUUUAAUAGUGGAAGAUAAAUGAUGGUCGAAAAAUUUUGAAGUUGAAGAUACUAAAAUUUAGUUGACCAAGGCUUUAAAGAUCAAAAAAAGAAUUAAUUGGUAUUAUUGCUAAAAAAUUUGAGUUAACUUUUAUUAUACCGGUAUUAAUUUUUUUGUAUAGGGUAUUUACAUUCAUGAAAAUUGUAUAUGCAAAUUUUAAUAAUUAUUUAAAUUUAUUAGGAGAUCUGAAGAAUCUCAUUCAAUUUCUAAAUAAGGCAAAUUAAAAUAAUUUGUUUUAAAUUUUAAGAUGAAGAGCUGAUCAGAUGGGGCUGGCCUGAAGAUGUUUGGUAAGUAACCAAUGUAGGUGGCUGUUAAACUUAAUUUUUGAACUGCUGUUAAUGCAUUGAGGUACAGUGGAUAAUCUGUUAUAUUUAUAGUAGGGUUAUAUUUAUAGUAGGUCUUUUUUUUUAAAAUGCAAGCAAUGAGUUAACUUUAAAUAUUGAAAGAAAUGGUUCACUACAGUGUUGAUAAAGUUUUAAUAAUUUUAUUUCCUAAUUAUUUACAAUUGAUUAUUUAAACAUUGAAUAUGAAAUCUUUCAAUUUAGAAUGUAUAAUAACAAUUUCUUUAGAAUAUUUUUCUAUAACUUGUGUCAAUAAUCAGGUUCCACGUGGACAAGCUUUCAUCAGCACACGUUUAUCUCAGAUUACAUCCGGUAAGAGUUUAUUCCAAACUAUUUUCUAAAAAUGAUUUUGUAAAAUGUAGGCUUUUGUAAAUUCUCAUAUUAUAAAUAUUAAUCGAUUAUUCCAAUUGAUUCCGUUGUUGUAUUUAAUAAUAAUUCUGUAACUUCCCUACUCAAAUCCACAAGUAUUGUUUGCGCAAAUCUUUAUCUAUAACAGUGAAAAGUUUACCCUCCAACUUAUUGAAUAUUAUUCAGUUUGUUUCUGUUGACAAUUAUAAAGAUAGUUAAAACUAAAACAUCAUUUUAACACAUUGCAGGGUGAAACAAUAGAUGACAUACCACAGGCUGUCAUAGAUGACUGUGUUCAACUUGUUAAAGCAAACAGUAUCCAGGGUAAAUGUUAUGUUUAAAUAUACAACUUGUUCCAGGUGUAGCUAGACCACAGACCCCCUUGAAUUAAAAAAAAAAUUUGUAUUUUCAAACUGUUGUUUAAAUUUAAAACUAAAACUUAAGUUUUUCAAGUGAUAUUCACUGAUAUACUGGUACAUAAAUGUAACAAAUCAACAGAACAUUUUUCUUCAUGAAACUUUGAAUGAAAUGUGUUCUCUAAGCCUUUUAAAUAGACUAUUCACAAAAUACACUUUAUAGAGCGUUGUGCAAUAUUUAUCCAGUUUGCUCUCUUAAUCACUCGACAUCUACACUUAACACCUGGAAUGAUAACUUUUAUUUUAUAUGCACUGGUAAAGUCCCCAAUUUUUUUUUCUUUGAUCACAGGCAACAAACAAAAUAAUCUGGAUGUUGUUUAUACAAUGUGGAGUAAUUUAAAAAAGUCAGCCAGUAUGGAUGUUGGUCAAGUUGGGUUCCACAAAGAUAAAGAUGUAAGUUCAUUAUUAUUUAGUUAAGUUUACCAACACAUAUCGUUCAUACAUUUAAUUUUAAUGCAUGAGUAGCUUAAUAUAAAAACUAAUAUUAAAUUGUUUUAAUAUAAAGUAAUGUAUCUUAACAAGGGAAUAGUGUAUAUGAAUAGAUCUUGAACUUGUUUGUUUUAUGCAUUUUCAUAUGUUAAAUCCUUAAUUUGAUUUCAUUCAUGAAUGGAAAAAUUAUUGAUUUAAUAAAGAAUAAUUGUGUAAAACAUAACUUAAAUGUUUUACAGUUUUAUUUGAUCACUAUGCAUAUAUGAACAUGCAUAAUGAAAAUCAUUGUGCAUUUUUAGUUUAUAUUUUAAAACAGAUGGAUCGUUUUGAUGUUUAAAAUAUUAUAUUUUUUCAAUUUUGUUCCAGGUAAAGAAAGUGAGAGUUGAAAAAAGAGUAAAUGAAAUAUUGAACAGGUUAAAUAAAACAAAAACAGAAGAGCAGCCUGAUUUUAGAGCAUUGAGAGAAGAACGGGACAGGAAAGAACGAGAAAGCCAGCGUAGGCUACAACAAGAACAGAAACAAAAAGAAAAGGAAGAUGAGAGAAGAAAACAGGAGCAGGCUGAAGUCAGGUAACUAUAGUUGCUGGACGAUUUCGUUAAAACUUUUCUUUCAAGCUCUAUAUAUUUAUAUUUAAUAAUUUUUCGUUUUUUUUUAAAUACGAAACCUUCGUUUUAUGAGAAAUAAUGAUCAAAGUGUAUGAAAAUAGCUUUUUUUUUCCCCAUAGGUCAUAUAGUUCAUUGAUGAAAGCUGAAAAUAUGAAAACAAAUAGGGUGAGUAAUGAAUUGCUGAUAAUCACUGAUAUAAUAUUGAACUUGUCAUUUCUUAAGAACCAUAAUACCUUUCUUAUAAAUUACAUUUCUUUAAGAUCCAUAUGUCUCUUGUCUAUUAAAAAAGUCCAUUAAUUAGAUGUAGAAUAGUUGAUUUUAUUUAAAUGUGUUUAAUUUGAUUGUUUGUCUAAGGGGCAUAAUUUCUAGAUCUUCAUGAAACAUUUUAUGUUUUAAAAAAAUCAUAUUAAAAAGAAAUGCUAUUCAAUUAAAUGAUUCUCCUUUUUAGACACAUCACUUAUUGGUAUUUCAUGUGUGCAGUGUAAAUGCAGUUCACAUACGUUACACAUUAAGUCUUUACUUUUCAAUUUUCAUGCUCACUAGACUUGUGAUUGUAAAAACCAUGAUUUAGAAAAUAGAAAUUGUAUUGAAUUAAUAAUAAUAAUAAUAAUAAUAAGUGGUCUUAUAUAGCGCGGUACCCCGGCCUAGGGCUGGGCUCACCGCGCUGUACAUAUAUAGCAAAGAGGCAUAAUCAUAAUAUUAAAAUAAAAUAAAUAAAUGAAAUAAAAACAACAUAUAAUCAAAACAACACCAUAGGUAUAUUCAUCCACCCACACCAGACAUUUUUACAUUUGUAAAUUGUAUUGAAUUAACAUUUAUAAUAUUCUUAUUUUUCAGGACAUCCAACUUCAAGGGGAUGAUGAUGAUUUUAUGUAACCAUAGUGGAUAUCAAAUUAGGAGUUAACACACUGUGAACAUUUUCAUUUUAAAAACAAACCUGUGAAAUAAUUCUUGGGAUUCUUAAGAAAAGAUUGAACUAUACAUUUUUUCAUUUACUUUUUACCUAUUGCUCCUUUUUGUAUCCCUUUGAUAAUUUAUCUCAAAAUCUUUUGAGACUGCAGUAACUAUGGUUAAAAUAAAAUUGCCAUAGUAUUUUAAGCUAUACUUCCUGCAAGAAACAUUUCAUGCUACUAAGGAGCUAUCAGAUCUGGUUAAUGAUUUAUAAACUUUAUGAAAGUGGAACUGCAAUGUACCGUAACAAAAAAAAUAAAAAGCAUAUUAUAAUUAUGGAGACACAUAACUUACCUACUAUGUUUGUGACGGGGACAAAAAUUGCUUUUAAUAUUAAUGUGGUUGUAUUAUUUGCCUGUGGCUUGUCAUAGUCUUAAAUUCAAUUAUUGCUUUACCUGGUCAGAAAAUAACUGAGGUCUGGCAAUUACUUUGCGAGAUAUGUAUCUUGAAACAGAUAUUACUUCCAAUUAUUAUAUUAGAUUUAGAGAGGGCAUUGGAUUUACAAAAAUAAUAGUUUGAUUGAAUUCCCCAAUAAAUGGUGAAUAACUUUGAAUAAUUAAAAACAACUAGUAUUAGUACAGAUGAUGCCUUUGAUCAGUCUUAUUUUAUCAAAACUAUGACAUAAAUAAGAGGGAUUUCGUAAAAACCUUCAUCCACUUAGCAGAUCUAUUCUUAACAUGAGCUGGAAAUCUGUAUUUGCAGUUUCCAAUAGAAAAAAAAUUACUUCACAUGAUUCAUGAAAGAUGCUGGCGUAAUCAAAUAUUUUCAAAAUAUUUAGUAAUGGUGGGCCAUUGUAUCUACUGAUUCACGAUGUAUCAAAAUUCAGGAGAAAAUCGCUACUUCAUAAGCAUAUAUUCCAAAUUUACAAUGUGAUUUUAUUUGACAGAAUGAAAAUAAAACUAACAUUGUCAAUUGUUAAUGUUUGUCAUAUCUGCUGUUGUUCAUUCACAGAAUGAAAUGAUUAUUGCAGCUGCCACAUAAAAAAUAACACAUGUACCGGUAUUAAAUUAUGAUAUGCUUAUUUAAAAUUGUGUUCCACAUGUGUAAUUUGCAUUUUACAAGUAUACAUAAUUAAAAUAACAUGCACAUUUUUUA